AUGGACCCUCAGAACCAGCCCCCGUGGCGUGCGCGACCGGCAGGUGGCCCCCGCCGAAAGCCUGCGUCAACUGUCCCCAGCAAGCGCUCCGCCGACACGCAAGAAGAAGAAUGGGUUGCCGGCGAGGAUCGCUUUGUCCUGCAGCAGGCCAAGAAAAAGGCCGCCAUCCGCGUCAAGGGCGGCCGCGCGAAGCCCAUCGACUGGCUUGCCGUCACUCUCCGCGUCAUCGACGGCACUCAAGACGUCUUGGACGAGGAUGACGAUACCGACCUGGACAUUGUCGACCCCGAAGGCGUGCUCGAGUCCCUGGACGAGAAGCAGAUGGAGGAGCUGGAAAACGACAUCGAUACAUAUCUGACUCUCGAGACGGACAGGAAGAACAAGGAGUUCUGGCAGACUAUGAAGGUUAUCUGCAAAGACCGCCGCCAGCAGUCCAAGUCCUCCGCUCGAGAAGCGCGUGGCGUGAGCUCCGUUGCGGCCGACGUUGAUCGCCUCCUCAGCCCGAAAUCACUCGAAGAGCUCGAAGCACUCGAAAAGCAGAUCCGGAGAAAACUCGACUCCAACGAGCCCAUCGACGUUGAUUACUGGGAACACCUCCUGAAAAGCCUCCUUGUGUGGAAAGCGAAGGCGAAGCUCCGGCGCUUGUCUCAGACUAUCAUCAACAGUCGGUUGCAAGGGCUGCGCAAGCAACAGGAGCAAGAAGCACUUGUGGUGCAGGACAAGCUGCGGGGGAUUCUGGGCUCGAACUCGGCAUCUCCGUCUACUGUGGCGUACAUACAGGCGAUAGAUCCGGAGCCGUUCUUGAAACUGCGCUCUGAGGACAAGGCGCUUGAGUCUGUGGAUGAGAAGGCCUUUCUGGAUAAGAUUGCUGAAGAUCGGCGCAAGGUCUUGAAGCUGGGAUACGUACCUUACAAACAAUCCGGCCCUGACAAGGCUGCGCCCACGAUACAGUCCAAGCCAGCGGACGCGGGAAGCGCGCCAGGAGUCUCAAGGUUCGCGACGCGAAACGAAGACUUUUCACACGCCACGCAAACACUGUACGAACGUGAGGUCGCUCGGGGCGUCAGUGAGAAUGAGGAGAUCUUCAAUGGCGAGGAGGAGGUCAUCACGCCGAACAAGUCGCGGUGGGCCGACAAGUACCGGCCGCGCAAACCACGCUACUUCAACCGGGUCCAGAUGGGCUAUGAGUGGAAUAAGUACAACCAGACGCAUUACGACCACGACAAUCCCCCGCCCAAGGUGGUUCAGGGCUACAAGUUCAACGUCUUCUAUCCCGACCUGAUCGACAAGACCAAAGCCCCAACGUAUCGCAUUGAACGGGAGAACGGACGAAAACGCGGGCAAUCAUUCGCCCCGGCUGGCGAGGAAGACACAUGCUUGAUCCGCUUCAUUGCCGGGCCGCCGUACGAGGACAUCGCAUUCCGAAUCGUCGAUAAAGAAUGGGACUAUAGCGCGAAACGGGAACGGGGGUUUAGGAGUAGUUUCGACAAGGGAAUCUUGCAGCUUCACUUUCAGUUCAAGAAGAUCUACUACCGUAAAUAA